UGAUCGUCUGCUCAAUUACUAAGCAGAGUGAUGAUUGGUAAGUCAAGAUACCUUUGGAUCCAUUAUGCUUUGUUGACCUGUUGGGUUCAAGGUCUUUUUACACUAAACACAGUUGAUAGCAUAAAGUAUUACUGUGAGAAUUUCCAAACUGACAUAGGAAAAUAUGUGUAAUUUGGUUCCAUGAUUUCAAUUUUCAACCUAUAUACUAAAGAUCUAGCUUUUGGAACUUGUACUUAGGGUCGCAAAUGAGCCAAGCCUUUCGUGAGUGGCUUAGUGUUCAACACGAUAAAAUUCGUUCGAGUUCGUUCGUUAAGGUAAACGAACCAAGCUUGACCUUAGUAAAGCUCAGCUCGUUAGCUUGUGAGUUGGCUCGAUUAGAGGCUCGCGAGCAUGCUCAAUUAGAAGUUUGUGAAUAGACUUGUUUAUAAAUACAUUAAUAAAUUUAUUCAUAAUUUUAUAAAAAUAUUAUUUAACAUAAAUUUAUCAAACUUUAAAUUAUUAUAAUAAUAUCAUUAAAUUUUGUUGAGUUUGAUUUUGAGAAUGUUUUGACAAUAAGAAACUAAAUGCAAAACUUUAAUACACUUUCUCUAUUAAAAUGUGUUGUUAAUAAGAUAUAUUGUGAUUUGAAGAUUUAUUAAUUAAUACCUAGUUUACUAUUGGGAUUUGUUGAUUGUCAAGUUCGAUUUAAAGUUAUAUUUGUUGAUUAUUUGUAUAUUAGAUUAUCGGGUUUUUUUAAACAUAACCUGGCAAACCUGAACUCAAGUCCAUGUUGAGCUCGAGCCUGAGCUUGGUUUAGGUUAAUUGAGCUCAAGCUCAAGCUUGAGCUCAACAAAGCUCAGCUCGGCUCGGUUCGAUUGCCACCCUACUUGUACUAUUGGUGGAUGUGGCUUGGGGUCAUUACACUCUAACAUGGUUCUAGGAUUUUGUUUUAAUUAAUAGAUACUCAAGCUAUGGGGAGACACUGGCUUAAGAUAAUUAGUUAAGCUGGAGAGCAGCAUCAUGCCACAGUGAUCAAGAACCUAAGUGUUAAAGAGUUACUGAAGUAGCCUCCCUUUUUCUUACCUUGAUAUUUCUUAUUAAGGUUAAGAAGAUAAAAGAACAAUCACCACUUUGGAGAGCUUCUUAUGUAACUCCAAUUCAGAAAUCAUAUCAAAUGAAAACACUAAAAGAAUAAAGUUGGUUAUGUGGGACACCUGUUGACCUGACUGGCACUGUACCUCAUGUUAUAUUGUGUGUCUGCCAAAACAUGCUUGUAUGCACCAUAUUUUCAUUCAUUAACACAUCAUCAAUUAAUGGAGAAAGGAAAAGUUGGCAUUUUUGAGGAAGCUUUUAUGAGUUACGUAAUUAUAAUGCACUUCUAUCUUAAAAGAUCAUAACUUGGAGUGGCGAGAGUUGUGCUGUCAUAUCUAGGAGUAAUAAAGGAGGGUUAAUCCCUUUUAGUUCUUGGGGAGAUUUUAGGAGCUAUGUUCUUAAAGUACCACUGGGUUUAUAAGGCUUAGUCUAAAGUUGUAAGCAAAAAUGCAUUUAUGCAAUAGUCAUAUAAAGAACAUCUUCAUUAAUUCUAUCUAACUCUGUUUAGUAAUUGAGCAAAUGAUCUACUUUUAAAUAAAUUAAUCUCUUUCAUAAUUUAGAGCAAAUUAUCAUGAACAAUGUAAUUGUUUAAUAGCCAUAGAACAUGGACUACAUCUUGAUUUAGUGGUUCACGUUCAAGGAAUUGUGUUUAUCUUUGAAUUUUUCUCUGAAUCUCAAUCUCUUCUAUUUUCUGCUGCCCAACCUUCUGCUCAACAUUUAAAACGAAAGGGGAAAGGGAAAAACUGCCUUUCAUCAGGAGAAGCUGAGGGCAACUGAUAAUGCAUUUUGUUUCUGUGACCCCAUCAUGUAAAGGAAAAAAAAAAACAAUAACACACAGAGAAAGUGACCCAUCAUAUAUGUGAAAUGUGCAUCAUAUGCAAUGUUCCAUGCUUACUGCUCCGUGGGGACAAAAGGUGGUCAUGCACCACUAUAAAUUCCCCAUAAAAGGUUAUUGUGACCAUAUGAUCAAUAGGAGAGGAGAGUAAAUGCCUAACGGGGAUGAAGAUUUCAAUCGGUAAGCUGCAGAGGUGUCUCUCACUCACAAAAUGUGCAGCAAGUCCAGAUGAGUUGGCAGAUGAUGUGAAGGCAGGCCAUUUUACAGUUUUCGCAGUCAAAGGAGGGGUGCCUAAGAGGUUUGUUGUUGAACUAGGCUGCCUCGCUGAUCCUUCAUUCUUGUGUUUAUUAGAGCAAGCCAAAGAUGAAUACGGCUUCAAACAGAAGGGUCCUCUUGUUGUCCCGUGCCGCCCAGAGGAGUUACAGAAGAUUCUGCUGCGAAGGAGUGGGGCACCAACAUGCAGAACUGCUGCUACGGAUAGAAGAAGAGGCUAAGGGCUAUGUAAUCUCUAAAUUAGGUUCUGCAAGUUUGUCAACACUCCUUCAACCUAAACCAAUACUGGAUAAUGGAAAGUAUGUAACUUUCCUGGGAUACCGAGGAAAUCGAUUUUCAAUGCGAGCAGGUACUAGGAAUGUGCUAGAUCAUGCCAAAACAUUUUCGCAUCGAGUUAAGGAGAAAGUUUGUGAUGAAUCAGAAUUAAAUUCAUUUCCACAUGUGCAAACCCUUAGAAGAAUUCCCAAGGAGGAGCUUCUCAGAAAAGUUGUAAUGGUCAGAUUUGAUUCUACCAUCCUACUUCAUGAAGAUCUGCACCAGCAAUCUCCAUCCGUCAGCAAUGCGCUUUUCACUAUUACAUACUUGUACAAUGCUGGGGCCAAAAUAAUUCUAGUUAGUAACUGGAGUGUGAAAACUAAUUCGAAGUUUUUUGCAGCAGAAUCUGUUGCAGAGUUUCUGUCAGUGAUUCUCCAACUUAAAGUUGUGCCAGCAAAACUUGUUGGUAGGAUGCAGUCUAUUGUGGAAAAUGAAGAGAAAUCUGAUAUCCUUCUUCUCGAGAAUCUUUCUCAGUUCAGAGAGGAACUUGCUAAUUGUUCGAAGUUUGCUGAACUAUUGUCAGCAGGAAUUGAUAUCUUUGUUAAUGAUGCAUUUUCUCAAUCUCAUAGAAUUCUCGUUUCAUCUGUUGGUAUUACUAGCUUCUGCCAUGCAUGUGUUGCUGGUUUUCAUUUUGAAGGAGCUCUGCAUCAACUAAAGCAGCUUGUGGUUUCCAAUAAAAAGCCAUAUCUUGCUAUUAUUGGAGGGAGUAAUCUCUUAGAAAAAGCAGCUGCUUUACAUUUUCUAGCUUCUAGAUGUGAUGGUUUGGUGUUUGUUGGAAUGAUGGCAUUUCAAAUAAUGCAUGUUCAAGGAUUGCCUGUUCCUAUGAAGUUGGUAGAACCAGCUGCAAAUGAAGAAGCUUUAAAUAUAAUUCAGGCUGCAAAGUUCAGAAGCAUUCCAAUUUUAUUUCCGGAAGAUUUUUGGUGCAUGAGUGGUCGUCGUGAAAACCAAGUUGAAUUAUUUCCUGCUCAUUGUAUUCCAGAUGGGUGGGUACCUGUUGAUAUCGGGCCGAAGUCUCUAGGGAAAAUUUCUUCCUUCCUCUCAAGAUCUAAGAAAAUUUUAUGGAUUGGUCCACUAAAAUUUGGCUUGUCAGGUCAUGACACCAUUGGUGCAUCAAAGUUGGCAAUAAUGCUUGGUCAACUAAAUCAAAAAAAUUGUGAUAUAACUGUUGUUGGAAAUUUGACCUGCAAAGCUUUUACAAUGGUGUCAAGUUCAUUCUCAAUACACAAUAUGGCUGGCAGUGCUUCAGUUGUGUGGGAGAUUCUCAGAGGAAGAAAUCUACCAGGGCUCAUGGCCUUAGAUAGAGCAUAUCCAUUUGAGAUUGAUUGGAGUGCUACGUAUAGGAAUCCUGCUCGUCCUUUGGUAGUUGACAUUGGAAGUGGCAAUGGAUUAUUUCUCCUUGAAAUGGCUAGGAGGAGGAAGGAUUUGAAUUUUCUUGGGUUAGAGAUAAAUGAAAAGCUUGUAAGCCAUUGUCUAAGUUGUGUUCAGCAAUCUGGCAUGAGAAACGGAUACUUCAUUGCAACAAAUGCAACAUCAACCUUUCGAUCUAUAAUUUCAAGUUACCCAGGAAAGCUGGUGCUUGUGUCCAUACAGUGCCCAGAUCCUGAUUUUAAUAAACCACAACAUUGCUGGAGUAUGCUGCAAAGACCAUUAAUUGAAGCAAUAGCAGAUCUUCUUGCAUCUGAUGGAAAGGUCUUUCUUCAGUCUGACAUAGAAGGUGUAGCAAUGAGAAUGAAAGAACAAUUUCUACGGCAUGGAAAAGGAAAGCUUGUUGUGAUGCAGGAUCAUAGUGACAAUAACAUUGGCCAAGGAGGAUGGCUGAAAGAAAACCCCUUUGGGAUGCAUUCAGACUGGGAACAGCAUGUUAUAGAUCGUGGGGCUCCAAUGUACAGAUUAAUCCUUUUCAAAUCAACAGUCAGUGGGUGAAGUAACUGGUUACUAAUGCACAGAAGUUGGUCCCUCGCUGCCAGUGUGGCUUAAAAGUUGGUUUCUCAUGCUUCUAGAGAUUAUCUGGAGUCUGCUGAUUGUGUCGGACAGGGUUCUACACUCUCUAAGAGAAUAGUGCUCUCUAGGACAACCAGCAAUGGGUGAAAAGACUGGAGUGGCUGACAUUGGCUGUGUGAGUGGACACUAGGGACACUAAUGGUGCACCUUUUGAUUGUUUGUCCAAAACUUGCACUACUUAUUGAGUGAACAAGGAGAAGAGCAGCGGAAGAAUUGCAUAUCAUUCUCCCACCAUUAAUGCAUUUUGGAUCAAGAGUUGGGAGUAUACAUUGGAGGUAUUUUCAAGUGUUCUCUUUUCUCCCACUCAAUUACAGGGGGAGUUCCUGAGCAGAGCAAAGUCGAUUGCUUCUACCAAGGCAGAUGGUGUUGGUUUAGAGCCUUUUUUUUUUAAAAAAAAAAAUACAAUUGAGUGCAACAUAAGCACAGAAAAAUUGAACCCUUCAUAUCCAUCCUUUUUGUAGUAGAGGUAGCACGGAAAAAAGUGUUUUUUUUUUUUUUUUCCGCCGGGGGAGGGGGUUGCCCUAACUUUAAUCCCAAAAAAAAUUGAGUGGUUAUGAUAAAAGCUA